AAUACAAACCAGCACAUAGAGUGCAAAAAAAAAAAAAAAAAAAAAAAAAACGGCAGGCAAAUCAAGACCACCCCUCAAGUAUUAUCUACCAAACCCAGGUGUUGAACGAAGAACAGAAAUUCCCAAUGCAAACGAGCAAAAGUAACUCGAAUGAUGACUCACGGUGAUUCAACCAGCACGGGAGAGCCCAACCCAAUUGCGAUGCUACAUUAUCAACUUCAUUCAAAUCCCGAGCUAAACGCGGGGCUGAAACCAAUCAGAGCAGUCAACAACACCUAUUUCACACCUAGCAUUCCACCAGUUCGUUCGUUCACCACUGGGCCUCACCAUGAAUUCACCUGCUGCAAAUGACGACUUGUCUUUACAGCGAUCAAAUGAUUUGAUUCAUCACAUUUUGUGCAACCACUUCAUUCCGGGCUGGAGAAAAUUGUCAAAAUAUCACGAUACCUCAUUGGUCUGUUUCUGAUUUUUCAAAUACAAAGUACAAUCUUCACGAACCAAAAAAAGACAGCCAAGGUCUCACAAAUCAUGGGCGUCGACACAGAAACAGGUUUCGACCUAAGCUCACCAGUGACAGAGGAUGAGGUCCUGGAAGUUCGGUCCGGCAAGCUUCGCAAUUUCGAUGGCACCAAUGUGAUGACCGGCAUCUACAAAACCACCCACGAUGAUUCUGUCACUGUCACUGAGAUGGGGAUACAAGGAGAUGAGCAUGAUUACACUUUUCACGGCGGUACUGACAAAGCAGUCCAUGCCUACUGCAUGUCUCACUACCAAAACUGGAAGGUCGAGUUCCCAGAAGCGGCAGACCUGUUUGUUCCCGGAUCCUUUGGCGAGAAUCUCGUUGUUGCCCGUAUGAACGAGCGUAACGUUUGCAUCGGGGACGUGGUGUCGCUCGGCCCCGAGGUGAUCCUCGAGGUCUCGCUGCCGCGCCAGCCCUGCUUCAAGUUGAACCACCGUUUCCGUCUCAAGAACUUUGCCCCAAACACGUGGCGGCUCAGCCGUACUGGCUGGUACUACCGCGUCCUGCGACCAGGCAGCGUCCGAGCCGGUGACGCCUUGAAGCUGGUCGAGAGGAAGCACCCGCAGUGGACCAUUGAGCGAAUCCAGGAGUACCUCCACCGCAACCCGUCCGACUUUGCCAAGAACAAAGAACUGGCUGGCAUUCAGGAGUUUGGGGUCGAGGCUGCUACUGCUUUCAAGUCCCGCGUGGCUAAGCACGAGUCCAAGGAAAGAAAGGCGCGGAUUGCCGCAGAGGAGGGGAAGCAGUGGAGGAAGUUCCGCGUUGUCCAAAAGAGGCGGGAGACGGCCCGCAUUACCUCCCUGGAACUCGAGGCACUGCAAACAGCAGACGAGCCAGAGCUCAAGCCAGGCGCGCACGUCAAGCUGAAGCUCGGAAACGGACUCGUUCGCGCCUACUCGAUCGUGGGUGGGGACAGAAACCGGUUCGAGCUCGGCGUGGCGCUGGCAGAAAAUGGCAGGGGCGCAUCCAAAUACAUCCACGAAAACGUCAACGAGGGCGACGUUCUGACGGUGGGGCGGUUCACCAACGGCGUGCCCAUGGUGAGCGCGGCGAGCAGCCACGUCUUUGUCGCCGCCGGCGUCGGCAUAACGGCGUUCCUGCCCAUGAUUGAAACGAUGGCCGCCAUAAACUACAGCGUAACCCUGCACUACGCCGUGCGCUCCGCAGAGGACGUUCCCUUCAGGGAGAGGGUCGAGAAGCUGGGCGACGCCGUCGUGCUCUACGACAAGACAAAAGGCCAAAGGCUCAAGAUUGGGAAUAUAGUAAAAAGCUUGGCCUGGAACUCACAGCUGUACUUUUGCGGCCCGAGCGGCAUGAUGGCCGAGGCGCUGCGCGAGACGCAAGCUGCCGGUAUCGAUGAGAAGGAGGUGCACUUUGAAGCGUUUGAGGCUGAUGCGUCAGGGGACCCGUUCGAGGCGACGGUGGUCAACAAGAAGGGCGGCGUGACGCUCAAAGUCGGCCCGGACGAGACGCUGCUCGAGGUUAUGCAGAAAGAGUUUGGGAUCGAGGACGUACCUUCGAGCUGCGAGGUUGGAAACUGCGGCACUUGCAAGUUGACAUUGAAAGAAGGCAGCGUUGACCAUCGAGGGUCGGCGCUUACAAAGGAUGAAAAGUCAACAUCUAUGCUCUCUUGUGUAAGUCGAGGGAUUGGGAAAAUUGUGGUAGAAAUAUAGGCAUUCAGCCGUAGAAAGCGUGUAGAUUGGGGGGAAACAAGAGGCGCAAUUAGAUAAAUAUGUAGAUAUAGAUGUCUAUAGUAAGCAAAAGUCAUCACAAACCAUCCACAAGA